AUGGGCGUGUUCAACCGCAAGAGCAAGUCUGGCCCCGCAACAGACGAAGCUCCAACCACCAACCCUGCCGCAGAAAAGUCCAAUGGCGCCAAAGAUUCCACAAAUGCCUCGUCGGCCACCCCUGUGGACGAAGGAGUCCUUCCUCGCUACAAUCAUAAUGGUCACCUGGUAACAAGAGGCAUUCACCCGGAUGGGGAGAGUGGUCGCAGCGGAAUCCACCCGGUUCAUUGCUUAAAGAUAAUAUGGAAGUCGUCUUGCACAGUUUCGACCUGGGUCAACAUUCUGUGGCCUUUCGUCCCGGCCGCCAUUGCUCUCCACUUUGUACAUGGCGACCACCAUCUAUGGACCUUUGCCAUCAACUACAUCGCCAUGGUGCCCGCUGCCAAUCUGCUCGGUUUUGCUGGACAAGAGCUGGCGAGAAAACUACCCAAGGUUAUGGGCAUCCUCAUCGAGACAACUUUGGGAUCUGUGGUGGAGAUUGUCUUGUUCAUGGUCCUAAUUGCUAAAGACGAUGGAACUGGCGAGAUCGGGCCGCACAAUAAGAUCGUAGUGAUCCAAGCCGCCAUCCUCGGGUCCAUCCUUACCAACCUCCUCCUAUGUCUAGGAUCCUGUUUUCUAGUAGGCGGGCUGAUGCAUAAGGAACAGACAUUCCACGCGGUCAUCAGUGAAGCAGGAUCGGGAUUGCUCUUGGUUGCGGGUUUUGCACUCUUGAUCCCCAGCGCUUUCUACGCCUCCUUGAGUCGCAGCACCGUUCCUGACGGCGAAGAAGGAUAUACCACCUCAAGAUUGCGCAGUGACAUUCUCGACAUCAGCCACGGCGUUUCCGUCAUCCUCAUAAUUGCAUUUGCGGUCUACCUGCUUUACAAUUCACUUUCGCACGAUAACAUUUUUCAAGAAGUCCUCGAGGCCGACGAAGCGAAUGACAGAGACAGGCACAGAGACCUCAAAAAGCCAAAGUUGACCAUGACCGAGUGCAUCACGGUGAUUGCCUUGGCCUUGACGUUCAUUUCCCUCAUUGCAGUUUUCCUGGUGGAGGAGAUCGAGUUUGUCGUUGCGAAUGGAGUCCCAGACAACUUCUUGGGUCUGAUCCUCGUGCCGUUGGUGGAGAAGGCUGCGGAGCAUUUGACUGCCGUGGAUGAGGCAUAUGACAAUCAAAUCAACUUUGCUCUCUACCACUGUCUUGGGCCUUCCAUUCAGACCGCCCUGUUCAAUGCCCCUCUGGUCGUCAUUGUGGGCUGGGGUCUUGGUAAACCGAUGGAUCUGAACUUCGAGAUUUUUAUGGUCGUGCUCCUGGUCAUGUCAAUCUUGGUAGUUGGCAAUUUCCUCAGAGAUGGAUCUUCCAACUACCUUGAAGGCUCUCUGCUUGUGCUUGUGUAUGUUAUUGUUGCAGUCACCGCGUGGUAUUAUCCCAAUGCCGAGUUGACCACGUCCAAUGGAAGUUCGGGAGGGACGCAAAGUAGUGGUGGAGAAGGCACCGAAGCGCUGGUCAGUGUCGCAAAAAUGCUGAUGACUUGA